AUGAGUUCUUUUAAAUGGAUAGUGAUUAGUGAUGAAUAUAAUGAAGAUCAAGGCGAUAAUAUUAAUGAAGUCCCAGUGUCAGCAAUCAAUAUCGAGGUUGAAGAAAAUGCUACCUCUUUACUUUGCACUAAGAAUGAACCUGUAAAUCUUAUCUCAAUUUUUGGCCCAGCAAGCGGUGUGGAUAAUUGUGAUAAUGAGAUUUUUAAGACCUCUUCUGUUUCGGAGACAGUUACAACGGGAGUUGAUAUUUCCAAGAUAUUCGUGCCACUUAAGGAAUUCUCAAAGUUCAACGAUAACCCAGAGAUUGACAGCAAUGUUUUAGUUGGAUUUGUCGACACUGAGGGACAAGGCAAUAAAGGCGAUGAAUUUGAUAUUUACCUCUUCUCUCCUAUCCUUGUAACUUCGACAAUUGCAAUUUUCUGGUGGCCUGGACUGCUUCAAGUAGAUACAAUACUUAAUUGUUUGGGUGCAAUGACAAAUUCAGCGAAACGAAUCACACGUGAUGCAAAUUGUCAACAUCAAAAUACAAAACCAUAUGGCCAUCUCCAUAUUGUUUUUCGUUCCUGGAAUAAUAAUAAUACACCAGAAGACGUUAAAAAAUUAUUACUAGAACCUCAAAAAAUAGUUAAACGAGAUAAAGACAGAGAACACAACAGUAUUCGUGAACUGUUAAGUGACUGUUUUGAAAGUAUUGAUGUAUGGCUCUUUCCAAAAAAUGGGUUGGUGCAAGAUCGUGAAAGAUUACUUUUUGAAGACUUCAAUGACAACUGGAAACAAACAUUUAAGAACAUGCGAAAAAAAUUUUCUGACCAAUUGAGUGUUAAUGAACCAAAGCACAAUGCUGAAAAACCAUGGACUGGCCGGGAUAUUGCUGAGUUUACUAAAUUGUUGUGCAAGACACUCACCAGCUCGGAAAGAUAUACGAUCACCUCUAUUUUUGAGAGAAUGCAAAUUGCUCGCGCUAAGACCUUAGCCAAAAACGCACUGAAUGAUUUUCAUGCACUUGUCAACAAAAUGAGUCCUCAAUAUAAAGUAGAAGGAUGUGAUGAUGAAGGCAUUGAUGCAUAUUUCUUCGAAGAGCUAAAAAACUUUAAAGAAAAGUUGAAAUCGGAGGGUUUAUCUGACAAUGUUGUUAAUGAAAAUUAUGCAGAUUAUCACAAAUCAGUCAGUUUAAUAGUGAGUGAGAUAAAAACUAAAAUCGCAAUACUGACAGUAGAAGUACAAAACUUUCGGAAUCGAUUUGAUGAAUAUGUGUCUACCAUAGAGUUACCACUUUCAAAACCAGACCUUGCAAAGUCUCUCAAUGAGCUAAUUCAACAGCUAUGGAAUGAUUUUAAUGAUAUUAUCAAGGAUUUUCCAGAGGGUUUCAUACAGCAAUAUCGAGAAAAACUUGAAAACUUGUUUGAAGAAAAAGGCCAUUAUAUUGGUUUAUCUGACAAUGCUGCGAAUGAAAUUUAUGCAGAUUAUUACAAAUCAGUCAGUUUAAUAGUGAGUGAGAUAAAAACUAAAAUCGCAAUACUGACAGUAGAGGUACAAAACUUUCAGAACCGAUUUGAUGAAUCUGUGUCUAUCAUAGAGUUACCACUUUCAAAACCAGACCUUACAAAGUCUCUCAAUGAACUGACCCAACAGUUAUGGAGCAAUUUUAAUGACAUGGUUAAGGAUUUUCCAGGAGGUUUCGUACAGCAACAUCGAGAAAAACUUGAAAAUUUUUGUAAAGAAAAAAGUCAGUAUAUUGAGGCAGAAAACGAAAAGAGAAACGCAUUGAAAGAUUUUCAAGCACUUGUCAACGAAAUGAAUCCUUAUUAUAAAGCCGAAGGAUGUGAUCAAGAGGGUAUUGAUGCAUAUUUAUACGAAGAACUAAAAAAUUUUAACGAAAAGUUGAAGAAUAAUUUUUCUGACAAUGUAGUGAAUGAAAUUUAUGCGGAUUAUAACAAAACAAUUAGCUUAAUAGCAAGUGAGAUUAAAACCAAAAUUGUAACACUAAUAAUAGAAGUACAAAACUUUCAAACCAAAUUUGUUGAAUCUAUAUCUACCAUAGCGUUACCACUUUCAAAAUCAGACCUUACAAAGUCCCUCAAAGAACUGAACCAACAGCUAUUGAACGAUUUUAAUAACAUGAUCAAGGAUUUUCCAAACGGUUUCGUACAGCAACAUCGAGAAAAACUUGAAAAUUUUGUGAAGAAAAAAGUCACACUUGUCAACGAAAUGAAUCCUUAUUAUAAAGCCGAAGGAUGUGAUCAAGAUGGUAUUGAUGCAUAUUUAUACGAAGAACUAAAAAAUUUUAACGAAAAGUUGAAGGAGGAUUUUUCUGACAAUGUGGUGAAUGAAAUUUAUGCAGAUUAUAAUAUAAGA